GGGGAGUACUCACAGGAAGGGGAAAGAGAGAGGGUGAGAGCAAGAGCAGAAGAGAAGAGAAAAGCAGGGCCGUUGUGUAGCAUUGCAAACGAUCUCUCCCUAAACGGCCGCGUGUGAUGGUGAAAGUGCAUUCCGCUGGGCAGUAAGAAAUGAUCGCCCUGCGCAGAGUGUGGCUUGUGCUGUGGAUAUGUAUUGCAUCUCUAGAAGAACGGACGGAAGCUGAAAGAGCUGGAUGUAGAGACCUCCACUACGACCUGGUGUUUGUCCUGGACGGUUCUCCCAAUGUUGGCCCCGAGAACUUCUCCAAAGCGCGUCUGUGGGUCUCCGACUUCAUCGGCGGGCUGGAGACGGGCAAGAACAAAACGCGCGUGGGGCUGGUGUGGUUUGACGACGCUCCGCACACGGCGUUCCGCCUUGGCAGCUCCUUUGGACGAGAGGGCAUCCGCAAGGCGGUGCGCAACGUCCGCUACCAGGGCGGCGCCGUCAUUCCUGGCGCGACGGCCUCGGCUCGAGCCGGCGCGGCUCUCGUGUACGUUGCCAAGCACAGCUUCUCGCGGGGCCGGGUCCUGGGCUCGGGUGGCCCUCAGCGCGUGGCCGUGUUGGUGACGAGCGGCAAGAGCCGGGGCGCCGCGGCGGAGGUGGCGCGAGGCGCACAAGCCGCGGUCGCCGCCGCCGUGCGCGUGUUCGUGGUGGGCGUCGGGGACGUGCUCAAGGAGGAGAUGGAGGCGAUGGCCAGCGACCCCGACGCCGGCCACAUCUUUCACGUGGAGGAUUUCGGUUCGCUGCAAAGGGUCACCAGCGUCCUUCGUCAGAAGCUCUGUGAAAACGUGGUAUGCCCAAGUUACCAGAUCGAGAAACAGAGAGGCUCAGGGAAGCGCAUUGACAUUCCAGGUUUCGACCUCCUGGAGAGGCUGGCUCUCCUGGAAAAUGUGGCGCAACCGACCGAGUCUGCGCAAGACGAGAAAGCUCGACUCCGCCUAAGGGGGAACCCCAUCUCCCAGCCCACUGACAAGGUUUUCCCGCAUGGUCUUCCCGAAGAAUAUACCUUCAUAGCAGUGUUUAAAGUUCAAAAGAGCUCCCAGGAAGAUAACUGGAUUCUGUGGCAAGUGGUUGAUAAAUUUGGCAUAUCACAGGUGUCCUUACGACUUGAUGGCGAGGCGAAGACUUUGGAAUUCUCAGCACUGGGCCGCCAGCGUGACCGCGUCGGAGCCGUCUUCAAAGGUCCUUUGGUGGGCCAGCUCUUUGACCAACGCUGGCAUCGUCUGGAGCUGCACGUGGAGCCAACUCGGACCUCGCUGCACGUGGACUGCCAACCCGGCGUCACCCGGGCCACGGAGCCGAAGGAGGACAUUGCCAUGGAUGGCUUGACGCUGCUUGGGAGCUCUGUUAACAGCGAUGCGUCAGCCGAAGUUGACAUCCUUAAACUCGCCAUAUACUGCGACUCCAGGCACGCCGAACUGGAGAGCUGCUGCGACAUCCCGGGAUUUCAGUGUUACUCCGCACAGCAAGAUUCGAACUCUGCUUACCUAAUGGAUCAAGCCGAGGGAGGCUCUAAGUUUGACCUGCAACGGAAGGACACUAAUUGUAGCUGUCCGCAAGGACAUCACAGCUACCGGCACGGAAGACUGCAGCAGGAUUCCGCAGAUGUCGACUUGGACAUUUCCUACGGAGACCGGAAUUACCAAGACCUUGAAGGAAUGCCUUUUCCAGAGGGCCCAUUCCGAUCAUCUAGUUGGCCAGGAUAUCAUGGCGAGGGAUUUCUAAAAGGGGAAAAGGGUGACCAAGGAGAGGCCGGUGGACCAGGACAACCGGCUCCUCCGUUCUCAAAAAUCCGUGACUCCCCAUCCAUGCCACCACCGUCAACUGGAUCUGCCAGACCACCCAAUGUCCCUGGAGGAAGUAGAUAUCCAGUCACCAAAGGCCCACCUGCUUUUCCUGAUCUCUCUGGGGCAGGGGGUGUUCUGAAUGGGUUUCCUGGCUUGGCCGGGAAUUCUGGGCAGAGAGGCAGGAGGGGAGAAACAGGACCCCCGGGCAACGAGGGACCAAGGGGACCUCAGGGUCCCCCUGGCUUUCCUGGGCCCCCUGGUUUAUCCGGUCCGAUGGGUUUCCCAGGAGAAACUGGCAAGCCGGGCAUCCCAGGAAGUGCUGGACCACCGGGACAGCCUGGCAUGAGCGGAAGACCAGGAGAUCACGGGGCACCUGGGAUGAAGGGUGAGGCAGGUCAGUCGGGGGCGGAUGGUUUUCCUGGAAAACCUGGCUCAACGGGAGAGACCGGUCAGGCUGGGAGGAAUGGACUCCCAGGUGAGAAGGGAGAAAGGGGCAUCACUGGAAUCCCUGGAAGCCAGGGGAUCACAGGAGAGAAGGGGGAACAGGGAGCCCCAGGAUAUGCAGGCCUUAAAGGGGACAAAGGGGACCGAGGAGAAAGGGGGGAUGCGGGACCAAGAGGACCUCCAGGCUACCCAGGAAUCGGAGACGGUUUAAUGGCAAGCCACUUGGACGGUGGGAUGCACGGCGUGCCAGGCCUGAGGGGAGAGAAGGGGGAUCGUGGGGAGCCAGGCGAGAGGGGAUAUGCUGGAAGAGAUGGUUCCCCUGGCAUAAUGGGCCCUGUUGGACCAAAGGGUGAAAGAGGAGAAGCAGGUGCUCCGGGUCUCCCUGGAGAUAGAGGAGACAUGGGUGUGCCAGGAUCUCAGGGUCCAAUGGGGCCUCCUGGUGUGCCUGGACCUCACGGUUUCCAGGGACCACAGGGACCAGCUGGACCUGCCGGACUGAAAGGAGACAAGGGGGACCGGGGUUUGGAUGGAUCCAGGGGAGACUCUGGAAGCAGAGGACCUCCUGGGCUUCCAGGAAUGCAAGGCCCCAUCGGAGAGGGGAUUCAGGGAUUGCCUGGUGAGUCAGGAAAACAAGGCCCGUCUGGUGUCCCUGGAAUGCCAGGAGAGAGAGGCCUCCCUGGUCUUUUGGGGCCCCCCGGCAUGAAGGGUCCUCCUGGGAUCGGUCGCGAUGGCCAGCCGGGAUCUAGUGGCUCACCUGGUUCGCAAGGACAAGAGGGACCAAGAGGCUUUCCUGGGCCACCUGGGCCUCCCGGUCCUGCUGGGCAGAAUGGCUCUCCUGGGCGGGAUGGAAAACCUGGCCCUCCGGGCUCACCAGGGCCAAAUGCACCAUAUUCUACCACCACUCAACGGGAAAUUCAAGAUAUGGUCAAAGGCAUGUGCAACAAAUGCGAGCCAGGCAUGGCAGGUCAUCCUGGCAUCCCGGGUUAUCCGGGCAUGAAGGGAGACCGAGGGAUGCCUGGCCCACUGGGCCCUCCGGGACGCGACGGAUACAAGGGUGAAUCAGGAGAAGCAGGUUCUCCAGGUGACCCAGGAUCCUCGGGACCAAGUGGAGCCAAAGGUGAACGUGGAAUGCCUGGGUCGCCUGCUAACAAGGGUGAUCAAGGGUUGCCUGGUCAACCUGGGUACCCAGGUCCUCCAGGUCCAUCUGGCUCAUCUGGAGCUAAAGGGGAAGCAGGAAUUGUAGGACCUUCCGGAACUUCUGGUGAUAAGGGCAAAGAUGGUUUUCCAGGAGCUAGAGGACCUCCGGGGCUCCCAGGCGCUCAGGGUCCCCCUGGACUAGAGGGUGCUGAUGGCAGAAAAGGUCCUCCGGGAGAGAAGGGGCCUGCCGGUGCCCCAGGUGCUCCUGGGAAAGAUGGCAUCAAAGGAUAUCCGGGUUACAAAGGCCACAAGGGUGAACCUGGAAUGCCAGGCCCAAUGGGCCCUUCUGGAGUAAGGGGCAUCACUGGCCGAGAAGGUCCUCCAGGGACAGAUGGACGACCAGGGCCCCCUGGGCCACAGGGACCUUCAGGCACAAGAGGGGAGACGGGUCCUGUUGGUCCAUCUGGAAGUAAUGGGCUACCUGGGCCAUCUGGGGAACCUGGUGGAAAAGGUGAAAAGGGAUCAUCAGGUGACAUUGGAUUCCCUGGUCCCAGAGGAAGACCUGGAGAACCGGGCCCUGGUGGCUUUGAUGGUCAAGCAGGAAAAGAUGGUUUACCAGGAAAGUCUGGUGAAAAGGGGUCUAAAGGAGACCAGGGUGAACAAGGCGUAGCAGGAGUAAAGGGCACAUCUGGAGAAAGGGGAUUGCCCGGACCGCCUGGGAAUUCUGGUUGGAAGGGCUUUGAGGGCAUGAGCGGACCCAGGGGACUUCCAGGAGAAAGAGGAUUCCCAGGACCAGCAGGAGCCGCAGGGACACCAGGCAGCCCUGGACCACAGGGUGAAGCGCCAUCGUUUGAUGAAAUAAAGCGAUUCAUUGUGGAUGAAAUUGCAAGGCAGCUUGACGGCCGGCUAAACCAGCUGCUGGCUCGCAUCCCCGCACCGCCUGUCGUGGCUCCAUCUCCGGGGAGACCCGGACCCCCGGGUUCCCCUGGCAAGGAUGGCAACGCAGGCCGGCCAGGACCUCCCGGCAUGCCCGGCCCUCAGGGCCCCUUUGGCAGAGAGGGGCGGCCAGGCCCUCCUGGACACAAAGGUGAGCCAGGUACGAAUGGAGAAAGGGGGUCACCUGGACAGAGCAUCAUUGGAGAACCGGGCCCUGCUGGCCCACCUGGUCCAGCAGGGCCUCCAGGCUACGGAAAAAGUGGAGAGCCGGGCUCCAUGGGGCCUCAAGGCAACCCGGGAGUCCCUGGGGCGACAGGUUCUAAAGGGCCCUCUGGCCGCGACGGGCAGUGCGCCCCUCACCAAUGCUUCCACCACGGGGGCCACGUGGACAUGGGCAUGUCUCAGAAGAACGUGAAGGGACCUUGAGCUUGGUCGAAAGGGACCGCGGCGUCAUCAGCAGAGCAAGGGACAUAGGCGAAGGCCACACUUUCAGGCCAGGGGUUGAGUUAGCAGGGCACGCUGUCGACAGAUUUCAUUACAGCUUCAUAGUACCCCUUCAGUUAUCAGUUGCAGUGUGGCAAUCAUUUUAAGUUCAGUUUAUGCUUAGAUAAUUUGUAUUCAAUAUAUAGAAAUUAUACACUUACUAUCCAUAAUAUUAAAUCUGCCUCUUCUUGAACCAAGAAGAUGAAUCCCUGCAGUCACGAAAGCUUUAAAUCGAAAAUUAAAGCUGCCUUUUUACUUGGAUAAAAUAUGUAAUAUGUUCACGUAAUUCUCUCAGUGGCUUUUCAUCAGAGCAGAGAGAGAUAGGGUUUAUAGAAGAUUGUGACUUGCGCUGGAGAAAGCAUUUCUUUAUAGUUGGUGUGGGAAAAACUUAAUCAUCGUUAGAGGCAAGAUUUUACAAUAUCAUUUUUUUUCUAAAACUAAUGUGCAUUACAUUAUCCCGCGUAAGAGUAAAGUACUAUGAUGUGAGUAUGACAAAGAAUAAGGCAGACAUGAUGUUCAACAUGAAUAUACAUGUUCACUCACUGCUCAUCUAACAUUUAUUGGGUAAAUGCUACUAAAAUAACGCACUAUAGUAUUUGACUGGAGACCUUUUUCAAAGUGAAUUAAUGGUGUGCUAGCCCAGUCUUGAAGGAAAAAAUCCAUGUUCCUGGGUGCCUGGGUCGUUUACACCAGACCACACAUUGAUUUUAGUGGUCUCUUUGUUUCCCCUGUACAGUAGUUAAGACAUCAUAUCAACUAUCCCAUGCUUAGCCACUUGCACCAGAGCCUGUACAAAUAUGUAGAUCCGAAGGGAGUUUCUGUGCAGGAGUUUAUUCGGGGAUGUCACCGUGUGUAGUCAAGAUUUAAGAUAUCACUUUUCAACUUGGUAUGUGUGGCUCCGCAGCCAUUCGCUAAAAGUGGCCAUUGACUAUCUGAUAGAGAUGAAGCAAGUGACGUGGACAGUUCAUACAAAUGGUAAUAUUGUUGGAUUAUAUUAUAACAAGAACAUUCUAAAAAAAAUACUUAAUUGACAUUUAUUUUAAAUCUGUACCUUUUCAUCUUCAGUAUAGAUUAAAAAUGUUAAAGUAAUUCUUGGUAGGGUUUACAAUAAAGACAAAUAAUGCCAUAACAGCACAUGGAACUAAUAUCGAUGGCUAUCUCUGGACGCAUGCUCGCCAUUACUUAAGUUGGUCUAAAUAUGUGUUAUCGCGAACUCUUAUGACUCCAGUCCAUCACAGAACACAUCACAAUGUCACACGCUCAACAGCACCUACUUCUGUGUCCUGAUAAGUUAAGCUCUUGAGUUGAAGGAGAAGAGAGUGUAUUAACUUUACCAAAGGUGUCCCCUCAAGUGAGCAGUAGUCAUUUUGGCUUUGUUCAACAUACAUACAACACAUUCCUUCAUAUGUUUUAUAUUCAGUAUUUUUAUAUAUAUAUAUUCUGAUACUUUAACAUUUCUAGUAGACCACUUUGUAUGUUAUAGGCCUCGUAAGGGAAUGUCUGAUAAACGCAUUUUUUUACAAUUGUGUCCAUGGAUUAAGUUAGAAUUUAACAACGGUAGUGAUUUAAAAAAAGCAUUUGACUCUAUACUUAUGUUGUGGCAAUACUAUCGAGCAUUAUGUUUUGAAAAAAAAACAAGAGCAGGGAAUAAUGUAAAUAUAACAAAUAUCUACGUAAUACGCUUUAACAUGCUUGUUAAGCUCUUAAAUUUUAACCCAUUUGGCAGUUGCUCACAUUAGUCUGAAUUACAUAGAUAUAAACAGCGCUUCCUAAAAUCGUCACGCUUAUUAUAUUUUAAUGGGGUUUGUUGUCAUCGUCAUCAUCGUUAUUCAAUCCUGCACAAGAGGCAGACUGAGACACCGUGGUAAUCGUUGUACCUUGAGCCCCCCGUUGUGCAACGCAUUUUCAUUCCGUGCAGAAAUACACCACAGCGAAUGUGCAAUUGCUGAACGAAUGGCCGCGGUGCCCUGCGUACGGUGACCACCAUUACAUUGUGAAACAAUAUUAUUUCAUUCACGGUUUUAGCAUUACAUGUCCGCUUUGGUGCUUUCUAAUAUAAACUUCGAUGGCAAAUGAAACGUGUGCUAACAAGUGUUGUCUUGGGUUAUAUUUGUUUGAUCUGUGACCUACAGUUUCAGUUCUGUAGUUAAAACAACACAAUACAAAACGUCCCUAUAAUCAUGCGUUAUAUUCUGAAAUGGCGAGCAUUGAAUUGUGCUACUUUCAAGACAUUACAUUUCUUGCUGUCCAUCGCUUUGUCUAUCAGGACUUAUUCGAUUAUUUUACGUUUUGUUUUCGUUAAGGCUUCUCUAUUCUAAUAUUGCUCUUCGCAGUUCACGCACACAUGCUUGUGAAUUGCAGUCCAAACGUUUUUGAGAACACGACACUAAAGAGUCACAACAAGCUAAUGUUGGGCUUAUUUUGAAGCCUGUUCCCACUUCACUACUCAUGUACUCCGUACGAGUAAGCACACAUAUGGCAACAAUUGCCCAUCAUCGGUGUUUGUUUCUGUGCAAGACGUAAACAAUCCUGAACUCACCGCAUCUUGAGCUGCCCCUGUAAGCCAUGCAACGACUAGAGUAAGGGCUAGGUUCAAGUGUUGGUAUAAUCGAAUUUUCCACUGAUCUAUGAUGAGAAAGUGACCGAUCGGCAGAAAAUAACACUUGUAUGCAAUAUUUUGGCGUAAAACUGACAUUCCGUUAACACAUGAACUUAAGUGAAUAUCGAUACAUUUAUUUCGACCCCCCCCCCCCUUUAUAUUGACGUGAAGUCACUUAACCAAAGUGUCUCUUUCAACCUUUAAUGUCACACACUCGCGCGUUGUUAAAUCCCAACAAAGUAUAGUAGAAAGAAAAAGUGCACACAUUGACCGGCACCAUUGUAUGAGUCUCUUUUUCUAUCGGAUUUCAAGUCUUGUCUGAUCCACAACUUGCUACCGCACUUAAACCAACUCGUCGCUCUUGAACAGGUCCAAGAUCGAAGGGAACUAAAUGUGCCACGUGCAUUUGCCCUCCAUCUGAUCACAGAAUGUUCCACUUAACGUGCCUCUUUGUGCUCGGCUGGGCUUAACCAAACACAAUGUCAAUAGGCAGGGAAGUGAAUGCUAUUACAAACAAUCACUGUUAAGUUCAUUUGAUUGCGGUGUGAAAUGCCAAUUCGCUUCUGCCUUCAUGAUACAUGCCCGAACACAUGUACAUGUCAUCCCACAGCCAUGAAUAUUGUCACACUUAUGAGUGUACCAAUUGUUGUCCUGUGGCUCACUUCACUACACACGUGUCAUUUUAAAGGGACCAUUUAAAACAGCUGAUGCCAUAUGCCAGUGUACUACAAAUCCUAGGCGAUCGUGACAACAUGAUGGAAUAAAUCAAACGUAUCCCAGAUUAAUAUCGAGAAGAUGGGACUUUAGAGCAGUGUGCAUUUUUUUUAGAUCACUGUCAAAACUGUAUGUAUGUAUGUUGAACUUAUUCCCUGCCGUACGUAGCCAACCACGCUCAAAAGUGCGAGGGGAAGGACAACAAACUAAACACAAAAAGCAGUUCUAAAGAAAUGAGUUUCUCAUCUCUCAACAAAUCAUGAACAGUUAUUUGCUUAUUGGAUGCCCUGUAAUUUAUGAAUUCGAGUUCGGGUGGGGGGCAAUGGUUAGGCAUGAGCGGCUGAGCCGUCAUUGCACCACGUCUUGCUGUUUCCAAAAAUCUGUCCAUUGAAAUGUAAAAGAUAUGCAGUAUUUAUUGUGCUUUGCAUGCUUUAGCAUUAACAUUUUGCACCGUAUUCAUACGUUGUUACUGUUAUCAUUGUUUUACGUGUUCCAUAUUCCAAGUUAGUUGCCACAAGUAACACGUACUUUUGUGUAAACAUUUGAAAUGGUGCUAUUCAAAGUAUGUUUUAAUUAUUUCGAUCAAUAAUAUUGUUCAGUUUAUGCAUUUUGUAUUUUUGCGUGUAUUUUUCAUAAAACUUUGAUGUGUUCAGGUGUGCUUUUUAAAAUUUAUCUUCAAAUA